AUGGCCAACAUGAAGGCCGUCGUCCUCCACCACCCCGGACCCCCUGGAUCCCUCAAACUCGAAACCCGCCCAAUCCCCACACCGAACAAAGGCCAAGUCCUCAUCCAAAUCAAAGCCUUCGGCCUCAACCGCUCCGAACUCUUCACCCGUCUCGGAUACUCUCCGAACGUCAAACUCCCCCGCAUCCUCGGCAUCGAAGCCGUGGGCCUCGUCCACGAAGCGCCCGGCGGCGAGUUCGAAAAGGGCGACGUCGUCGCGACGUGCAUGGGCGGCCUGGGGAGAGAAGUCGAUGGCGGGCGGAGUACGCGCGGGCCGUCCGGACGGAGUUGCCGUGGGAACGUCCUCGGUGCCCUGCCGGAGAUGCUGCAGACGUCGUGGGGUGCGCUGAAUCGGAAUCUGGGCAUCCGAGAAGGCGAAACGCUGCUGAUCCGGGGCGGUACGACGUCUGUGGGCCUCGUGGCGGCGGCGAUCGCGAAGAGUCAGGGGCUGGUUGUGCUGGCGACGACGCGGAGAAUUGAUAGGGAGGGGUUGCUUCGCGCUAGUGGCGUUGAUCAUAUUGUUGUUGACGAGGGGUCCGUUGUUGGAAAGGUGAAGGGGAUCUUUCCCGCUGGCGUUGAUAGAGUCCUAGAGCUGGUCGGGUCAACGCUCACGGAUUCGGUGGGGGUGGUUGGAGGGAACAAUGCGGAUAGUGCGGAUGAUGCGUUGCCGGAUGGGGCGACGUAUGCGUUCUAUGGCGGGGAGCAGGAGGAUUUUCAUGCGUUGCCGCUGGAGAAGCUGCUGGGGCAGGUGCGGGAUGGGAGCCUGCCGGUGCAGAUUGGGAGGAAUUUUCGGUUGGAAGAGAUUGUGGAGGCACAUCGGGUCAUGGAGGAGAAUACUGCUGGGGGGAAGAUUGUGGUACUCACGUAG